AUGACUAGCACCCCUCCCUCAUCUACUAUUGCAGACAAACCCACCACUACGAUCAACAUAAAAAACGCAAUUCCUCUUGUUCUCGAUCUUGAUCAAAAGUCUCUUGCUCCCUUCGAUGAAUGGAUACGUUUGGAUUCCAUUGUGAAAUCAUGGAUUUACAGCACUCUUUCUCAAUCUCUUUUGCACAUGAUUCUCAAAAAGAAAAACACUGCCUCCGGAGUUUGGAACGAUCUUGAGAAGUUGUUCCGAGAUAACAAAGACUCCAAAUCAAUUCAGCUUGAUAACGAAAUCCGUAAUAUCACUAUCGGUGACUCCUCUAUCACUGACUAUUGCACCCAUAUCAAAUCUCUUGCGGAUUUGCUCGAAAAUCUGGACAUUCUGGUCCCAAAAAAGAAUCUCGUCGCCUACACCAUUAACGGCUUGUCACCGAAGUUUCACUAUAUCACUACCACAAUUCGUCAUCGCAGCCCCUUAACCACCUUCAUGAAAACUUGUUCCAUGUUACUUGUCAAAGAACAACAUAUGCUUCAGGAUCAACAAAAUCAUGUUAGCUUUUGCAGGAGUGACAAUGCCUUUUUCACCAAUUAA